AUCUCAAGUGCGUUGUAUUGUCGAGCUUUUUUUAUACCGAUUUUAGUUGAUGGGGGAAUUUGACUCGAAAAUCGCGCUCUCAAUGUCGGAUUGCUCGACCAAUUUCCAACCAUGCCCUGGGACUCAACGACUAGUGAAUGGAUACACGGCCCUGGGAGCUGGUGUAAAACGGAAGUUGCCGGACAGGCAGGAAACGGCGAAGAAACAGUGAUAACAGUACCGUCAGCGGCCAAGAACACGAUCCUCAUCAACGCCCCGUCUCUCGGUCUUCCAGUUCGUCAAAAAGGCGAGGCCAUUCUCAAAGGGAUUCACAACGCUCAAGUUGCCAGCCUCUUCGGACUGAAGGACGUGGCCGUUUCCGAUGCGCCGUUUCGCCUAGUCAAGCGAACAAUCGCAAGUCAGCAGCAUCGGAGUCUGGCCUCGGCCGAUUCUUACAUUGCUUUGAGCUACUGCUGGCACAAUCCUUCCUGGUCGACUGCGGGAAAGGUAGUCGGCGGUUCCCCGACGGAGAGCAACAUUCCAAUCUCGCAGGACAUCUUCGAGACCAUCCUCAACGAGAGGCGCUCGGAUGACGAAGGAGUGUGGAUAGAUCAGCUGUGCAUCAAUCAAAAUGAUCCCAAAGAGAAAGCCGUAGCCAUCGGCGCCAUGGACGUGAUAUAUCAGCGCGCAAGAUUGGUUGCCGUCGUCAUUGAGGAUAUCACGAUCACCAAGACUGAAAUACUGGCAUUGCAAUCAGUACUGGAUACGAUCAAUCGAGGCCACGGCUGGCAAUACCGCGAUUACCUCGACACAAGCCGUACUCUCACCGAGUUGACUUGGAAAAUCUUUUCAGCAAGAUGGUUCACCCGCGCUUGGUGUGGCCACGAGCUACUCAUGAGCACCAACCAAGUCUUCUUCAUCCCGGCCGAGCCCGAUGACCAGUGUCGCUCGACAGUGGUCAAGAUGAGCUCGGAGUUUCUGCUUGACCUUUGCAUUCUCGCAAAGUCUGUCUCCAGUGUCUUGCCCUUCCCGGAGUUUGCCUCGUCGGAAACUACAUACGGACGAUCACUAGCUCGAUUCUACACAUACACACUUAGGAGACUCAACCCAGGAAGGAGGCCCAUUAAAGAGAGCAAGUCAGUAACUCCGAGCUACAUGCGGACCUUCAGCCAAGUUUUUGGCUUCGAUGCAAGUGUGGUCUCGGACAAGCUCAGCAUCGUGCUGAAUGUGCUUCAAUGCGGCCUCUAUUUGAAGGACUCUUCCAUGACGCAGGAACAUUGUUUGUAUGCAAUCUACCAUCUUGCGCUUUCGGCAAAAGAUCCAACCUGCUUGUCUACCUGCGGCAAGAGUCUUCAGCAAGCUUCCUGGAUGCGCUGGCCUCGAGGAAGCGACAUCAUUGAGCCCUACACGACUGGGUCAAGGCACCUGUGCCUAGAGAUAACACCGAAGUUUCGUGAUGACGCCCUGGAGCUUGAUCUUGUCAUUCUAGGCACAGUGAAGAGUGUCCAUAGAGCCAAUCCCACUCAUCUGGCUUGGGCUGAAGCUGUGGUCAACAAGUGUGCGGAACUCGCUGCUGAGUUUGCGGAUAAAGGCUCGGAAUUCCCCGAGGACAUUAUUCAGGCGUCACAUGAAGCGUUGGUACGAAGGCAGUUCUACUCUGAGCUACUGGCAUGCAUCCGCGAAUUUGGGAUAGAAUGGCUGGAAGCAAGCUGGCAGUUGAAAGACCCAGACCUCAUGGAUCCGGACAUCAUCCAAGGGCUUGGGCAGCUCAUGGCUGCGGACGCCCAGGAUAUAGAUGCGUUUGUGCCAUCACAGUGGGAUGAUUUGAUUCCUAUUCAACAUCUGAUCGAUGGUCUCAUUGCAGCUUGGAUCGUGGAGGAACCUGGAACAACGUGGAGACCGGCCUGGCUUGACACCAGCGACAGCCCCAGUGGCGUGUUGCUCUUCCUUUGCCCGGACGUUGACAACUGCUCCGUUGCUAUCCCGGCCCUUCUUCUGCGCGCGGAGCAUAGCUUCCUAAAACGAGUGUGGUUUAUUUCUCCAAAGACCAUGAACAAUCUUAGUGGGAAGGACUGUGAGGUUGUUGGCAAGUCUAGCUCCUUUGGAAGGGUGGCGCUGGAAGACCUGCAGACCAAGUUCAGAGUAGAGACGCAUAGGUUGUGCAGGUAAACCAUAGGUACUUUAUCCCGAGAAGUGGGUGAAGUGACCCUCAACACUGAAUCUGCAUGGUAACUUCUAAGUCCCGAACCUCCUUGUUCGGCAUCCCCUUGCGCAGCCUCGUCUGGCGAAAUUCUGCUGCUACGACGAGCAAAUUCUCCACGCACAAGCACAGGACUAAUUGCCCCAAAUAAUCGGAGAGGGCGGGCUAUCAAGGCUGAGGAGCAGCUUGUAUUAGACCGCCUAGCUGAAGACGUUGUCGACAAUCACCUGGUACACCGUAGCAAGCUAGAGUCUGGGCCUGGCUGUUCCUAGUUUUUCAGUACAGUUGCCAUCUAUAUAUAGCCCUAGUGAGUGGCAGGGUCAGCCUUAAAUCUCACCGCCCCCAUAGAGACCC